GAGUGUCGUUGUCGCGAUACGCUGUUCACCAAUUGCGCGGCGAACUUUUUUGUAUCCCCACAAUGAAAGCCGCCAAUCUAAAACAUGAGACAACGUACAGUACUACGUGGAUCAACGUCGUAAACCCAGUGUGUCUUCAAAUAAUCGUUACUAGCGUACUUAGUACCCCUUCAAAGCUUUCACUGCUCUUCUGUCACGCCCCAUUGCUUGCACCAGUCCUUCGGUUCUCCUUUCUAACUGGUAACCUCGCCGUUAACUAAUAUAGACACGAAGUGAGGAGCUGGCUUACGAGGAGUAUCGCCCAUGUCUAUGUUAAUCCCCGUCGUCCCUUUGUGGAGACCUCAUACCGCCCUAUACACGAUCACCCCCUUUGCUUCUCGUAGUUCGGGCUGUUAUGGCCCUCCUCAUUCGCCCUCUCUGAGAUGUACAUUGCGAUGUUGAUGCUCUGCGUGCUGAAUGAUUUGCUGCCCAUCGCCGCUGAGAGGUCAGUUAGUCUGACGAGGAAUCACAACGAACGAUCUGCUACAAGUACCUCACAUCGAUGUUGCCUCCGGCCGACGUCGGACGGCGUUCUCGCAAGUAUGAUGUUGAUGCUUUGCAGAACAGGCCCGACCGCCAUGUCAUCAAAGCUGUGAAAUGCGACCCGUUAGCUCGUCGUCAAGAAAAGAGCAGUUGAAGCUGUAUCAAAGCAAGAGGACGUACGCAGACGUCUUGUUGUAACGCAAAUAGCGUUUUGAAUUUUGAAGGGUAGGAUGAGAGCAUCGUGUUCACAGGGAGAGUGAAGGUUUCGAGGUUGGAUAAAUGGCUCGAGAGGUUUGGAAGAUCAUGGAGAGGUUGAAUCUGUCGUAUUUUGUUGUUGAAGUGAACGGUUGGCAGCGCGGUGUCGGGGUACAAUGUAUGUUGAACAUGGAAUAUGCGUUGGUCGGUUUGCGUGAUAGGACAGUGUCAACGCAGUGCAUGGGCGGGCUGGAGUUUCAAUGGGUUAGUGAACCGCCC